CAAAAAUAAUUGAAAUGAAUCGCACAAUCGCGACGACGAGAAAUAAACAUUUUCAAUUGAGGUUAACGAACGAGUUUUUAUUAAAAACAUUAACUUUAAAGACACAACGGAUGAAUGUAACUACGUUUUAAUUUUCAUCAUGCAUUAUUAUACAUUUUAUUUGAUUCGCAAAGAUUAUUGCCGAAGUCGAUGUGCCAGAACUCCAGCUAUUAGCAUCGAACUUAAAACCGGAAGAGUGUGUAAGACUUGUCUCUUUAGAUUCACAGUCAUCGCUGUCAGAUGCACAAAUACAGAAAAUAGCCGAAGAACAGAGCUGCUUUCGAAGAUUGGUGAAAUGGAUCUGUCAAUUAAGAACAGUUACGAGAAACACGUAUCCAAUUUUAAACGAUCUUCUUGAACGCAUCGGAAGAAAGGACUUAAUUGCGUGUCUCUCCGAAUUGAAUAUGAAAAGUUCGAAGGCAUCGAAAGUGGCUCGCGACGUUCAAUCUGCCGAAGAUUCAGAAGAGGAUCCAAUAACCACAACGAUAUCAGCACAACCGGGCAAAGGGAAGGAUACUACCGUUAGCACGUCAAGCACUAAAAGCUCCAACCAAACAAUUGACAGACUCAGUGGAUAUACCAUCAAGGUAUCGAUAAAAACUGGAGGGAUCGUUCUGAUCUCGACUAUACUUUUAACUUGUUGUUGCACUUUAUUUAUAAGACACAGGAUAGCGAAUGUAUUCAAUAGAAUAUUUGGGAGAAGUAAGAAGACGAAAUCAAAGAAAAAGGGUAAAUAUAUAGCAAUCGACACGGAUGAACCGGGCUAUUAUGUUCGAAAAGCACGGCCAAAGAGGAAACGGGAGCCGUCUUACGAACUGGUGGACAUGGGUACACAAAACACCAUAGCCGUAGUACCCAAAGAACCCGAAGAACCACCGCCGACGGGUUGUUACAAGUGCUACAAGAAGAAAAGAAAGAAAAGGCCGUACAGAUGAAACGUGUAAAUUAACGAAUGAUUGCAUAAAGUUUUUAUUAAACGUUCUUCGUGUUUGUACUCAAGUGUGAUUGUUGUAACGAACGAGCGCACCACUGAAGUUUAUCAACAACUAAUUAAUCACAGAGGAACAACUUUUACUUGUCGCAUACAAUAAAUAAUUUUACCGUAUAAAACAUAGAUAAGUUUUUUUGGCUCUUAUUGUCAGGCAGGAAAUUAUUCAGUGCCGUAUAUUUUUAUUAAAAAAUAUUUAAAUAUUUAAUUUCAUAUAAAUUCAAAUAAAAUGUUGAGAUAUUUUAACGACAUAAACAUGUAUUCUAUUUACAAUAUCUUAUAUUAUUUAACAAGUGUCAAAAACGUGGGGAUUAAUAUUUCACUAUGACACUAAUUGUAAGUAUU